GCGAGUUCCUUGGGGCAGAUAAUUCGGUCAUAUAAAGACCAUGUUACUAUUUCUCCUCGGCUUAAUAUCCACUGCGUUGGCAUCUAUUGGUGAUCGCCAGCCAAAAUUCAUAGCAUGCGUUCGAAACUGCUUAGAUUCGAGCAAGUAUACGACUAAUAUGUCGCUCUGGUCUGAGCUAGAUGAGUGCAGAUAUCAGUGCAUGCAUCAGAUAGUUGAUCAAACUAAACAAAAUUGGGUAAAAGAGCCAAUACAUCAAUAUUACGGUAAAUGGCCUUUCUACAGAUUCAUGGGAAUACAAGAGCCAUUCUCUACGCUCUUUUCGUUGCUUAACCUCCUCGCUCAUAGAUACGGCUUACGUGACAUAAACCACAGACUGGGCUCACACCCUAACAAAAGAUCGUAUUUGCUUCUCUCAUAUAUCAACAUUCUCGCAUGGGUAGCUUCUACAAUAUUCCACAUUCGUGAUACCACUUACACUGAAAGAUUGGACUAUAUCUUCGCCGGUGCGGCCGUUUUUUCUGGGUUAAAUUUAGCAUGUACCCGUGUGUUCAAUUUCAGCUUUAAGAAAUCAGCUACUGCACUCUUUGGUAUUUAUAUCCUGCAUAUCAUUUCCCUACUCUCGAAGUCACGCAUUGACUAUUCAUGGAAUAUGGCCAUUAUAGUCGCCGCUGGAAUGAUACACAAUAUAAUUUGGAUAUACUUUAGUAUAAAGCUCUACUUAGAAUCUCAACAUCAUUCCCAUCCAGCACCUUUCACUCCAAUUUUGCUCGUUUUGCUAACCACGUUGGCACUCAGUUUAGAAUUAACAGAGUUUGAACCGCUGUUUAGAUCUAUUGAUGCUCACUCUUUGUGGCACGCUUCAACAUUCCCAUUAGCUAUUCACUGGUAUUCUUGGCUCAUCCAAGAUGCAGAUUGGCAACGUCAGUCUAAAACCAGUGCUUUUGACAAGCAGUUGGACGCUUAAUAACUUUCUUUUUGCAAUUCAAAUAUUAAUAAUUUACUCAUAAUUUUCAUUUUAUCUUCUGUAUAACAUCUAGAUGUGAACAAUCG